AUGUCCACGGCAGACAUCCCCAAGCUUGAGGCGGGAAACCUCUUCAACGUCAAUGGACUCGUUGCCGUUGUGACUGGCGCCGGAUCAGGCCUCGGGCGAAUGAUGGCCAGAGCUCUGGCAGUCAAUGGAGCCUCCAAGGUGUUUAUCAUUGGUCGCCGCGAGGCUGCCUUGGAAGAAACCGCCAGCUCUGUGCCCGGAAACACGAUCGUGCCGCUGGUGGCGGAUGUCACAUCCAAAGAGUCACUGCAGAAGUGUGUUGAUAAAGUGCGAGCAGAAGUCGACGCGAUCGACGUCCUCGUUGCGAACUCGGGCAUUUCUGGCCCCUCGGUCCCCACGGUAGACGAAAACCGACAGCCGCUUCCGAUCGAGAAGUUGGUCGAAAACAUGUGGGCACCCGAACCAGAAGCGGUGAACACAACCUACGGGGUCAAUGUGACAGGCGUCCAUUUCACCGUUGCUGCGUUUUUACCGUUGCUACAUGAGGCGAACAAGAAGCGGCCUCAACCGCCGACUGCGGAGAAUUUCCGGCCGCGGCCUCAGAUCAUCACUACAGGGUCAAUCGGUGCAUACAACAGGCAACCAUUCGGGAACCUGUCGUAUCCCGCCAGCAAGGCAGCGGUGGUGCACCUGACUAAACAGCUGGCGACCAUGCUUGUCUCGUACGACAUCAGGGCUAAUAUCAUCGCGCCUGGACUGUACUAUUCAGAGAUGACCGAGACGAUGUACAAAGCUCAAGGCACGGUGGACACUCACAACGUGGAGGGAACCUUCUCCAAGAACGUCAUUCCGGCUACCAGGAGCGGAGAUGAGCAAGACAUGGCAGGAGUAAUUCUGUGGCUGUGCUCCAGAGCGGGUGCAUACAUCAAUGGAUGCGUUGUGGUGACUGAUGGCGGUCGGCUCUCGGUUCUGCCGUCCUCAUACUGA